GAAAUUUGUAUCUAUAUGCAUUUUACACAAUUAUGCGUUAAUUAGAGCAAAAUCCACCCAUUUCAUUGUUUUUGAAAUUUCACUGAAAUUUUCUCCCUUACUUCGUCAAGCCGUUUCCCAAUCGAAUCCGGGCCGGAGAUGAUGGACGCACCGGGAGAGGGUGCUUCUACACUGUUGAGACCGAGCACUAUUAAUGUAUUAUCGGACGUGGGCACUUAUUAUAAACUAAAGUAUCUAAGAAAGGUGAAGAAAAUACUAAAGGAAAAAGGUGAUGAACCAUUGUUAAAUAGAUUUAUAGGUGGAUGUUUUGGACAUUUGUUGGAUUGGAAUCCCGGUUCUAAAUGCGCGAUGGCCGUGCAUCAUGUAUUGUCUCGCCAAAUAAAGUCAAACGGUAAUGGUCUACAUUUUUUAUGAAUUAUGCUCUAGUGACCGGGCUUCAAUUUGGUUAUUUUAAUUUUGAUAUGUCACGUAAUCAUGAUGUGGGUAGAGUGGAAGUGUUUAGGAAAUUCACUUGUGGUCAAUCUCAUGUGAAAGUGUCAUUUCUCAUUGAUCUUUUCGACAAUUUUAAAAUUGAUGAUCCGGAUGAGAGUUUAUACUUGAGGGUUGCGUACAUCAUAGUCCUAUAUGGAAUGCUUGUAGGUUAUGAGACUGAUAAAACCGUUGAGAAUUGGGUUUGGGCAUUAGUGGAUGAUCUUGAUGCAUUUAACCGAUUCCCGUGGGGGGCAUAUAGUUAUAAUGUGUUGUGUCAAUAUGCUACAAACUGCAUGAGUAGAAGCUAGUAUAAAUUCUAUGGACAUGUUUGGGCGUUGCAUGUGUGGUCCCUUGAGAUCAUGCCCGACUUAGGUAAUGUGGCCGGUAAUUUAGUUGCCGAGUAUGCGCACCCAAGAUGUUUGAAGUGGAAGUUUCGCAGUAGGCCGCGUACGAGUGAUUUACAUUCUUUUUUCGAGAAAGAGGUAAUUUUUUUUGUCUCUAAUUUAUUUGUUCAAAUAUUGUAUAUAUUAAAUUGAUUUAUUAAUUGGUUUUUUAAAAAAGAAGCCCAAAAUUCCUUUUUUCCUAUUUUCGAAUAAUAUUAGAAUUUAUGUGAAAUGCUAGUGGAAAUGUUGGAAUUUGCAUAAUUCAAAUUGGAAAUGACAUAAAAUCCGCAUUUAUACUUUUUGAAAUGCAAAGUGCGCAUUUCAUUAUUUGGUGGAAUUUACGCAUUUUGUUGCUAUAAGGUUGGAAAGUAUUGGUUUUGUUGAAAGUCAAUUUGUGAAAUACUUGAGCGCAUAUAUGUAUUGGUUUGAAUGCCUCAUAAUUUUUUGUUGAUAAUUCAAGUUCCUCCAAUAUAAUUUGGCCAUUAUUUGAUUCCCCCCAAAUUUCCGUCUGUUUCUUAUGAAAUUGCGAAAUUUAGUUGAAACUAUAAUUGCAAUUUUUAAGCAAUUGUGUAGUUCUGCGCAUAUUCCAUGUCAAUUGUGAUGAUUUAUUUGGAAUUGAUCUUUAUAUUUUAAUUAUUUUUAGAAGCAAGAAAUAUUGCAUUUGGUCCCCGACAAGUUUGAACUGACCACCAUGUACUACUUAUCUACCAUUGGUAUGUAUAUGGGCCCACAGUACGACCAGGCUCAGAAUCAGGAUUUACCAUCAAGGUCUGUACAUGACAUUCAUUGUGAAGAGCAAGAAGAAGAGCCCGAAUUGGCUCUACAUGAUAUACCUAUUCUCGAGCAUGAAUUGCCCAUGAGGGGGAUAGAUAGACGGACGCGGAGUUCAUCGUCCCAUGAAGAGGGUUCUCGUCGACGAGCUAGGGAAAAGCGUGAUAGACCGCCUACUAACUCUUCAUCAUCUAGUAGCGGUGAUCAAGCUAACCGGCUUGUAGACCCUGCCUAUAUAGAGGCCGUUGUGAGGAGGAUGGAUGCGGCAAAUGAUGAGAGGAUGAAAAGGCAUAGUGAUGCUAUAGAUGCACGGAUCAAGAGGACAAUGACGAGAUUUUUGGAGGAUAUUUGAAGGGUAUAUUUAGUUGUAGGAGCGUUGAAGCUAGGGAUGUACGUUCCCCUGGCCCUCUCCCUACACCGGCACCCGAGGCUAGACAAUGUGAUGAUAUACGCGAUGAGGGUGCCGAGGGAGGCGAUCUUCCUCGUGAUGAUAUUGUGACACAAUCUCCAUUUGUUCCACAGUUCUCUCAGUUUGAAUUUGGGAGCACCUCUUUUUUGGGCACUGGUGCCCAAUUGCCUCGUUUCUCUAAUCCGAUCGAUCAAAUGAGAGCUUAUUUGGAUUUUAUAGGAGUGGUGUGAUUUUAAUAUUAAUUUACAAUUCAAUUAAUUCUUUUAGUGCUUUUUUUCCAUUGUUUUGGUCUUUCAAUAGGAGCUGUCUAGUUUUGGAGAAACCUCCCAACAAGUUCAGACGCCGGUAGUGCCUUGAAGAAGUACACGACAAAGAUUUCCAUCUCAACAAUUGAAGUCCCCAUAUGCUACAUCAGGAGAACCUGUUCUUGUUUCAGAAUCGGGGCUACAAAAUUGGAAGUCUUUCCUUAAUGGAGACGAUUCGGGGGUCACGGUGAUGGAUAGUAACCAUAAGCUAAGCAAGAAUUAUUUGAAGAAGAUAAUGCAGCUUGAUUACUGCCUGCCUCAGGAUGUUAUGGAUUUGUUCAUAUUGAGCUGCCAAUCCAAGUUGAUACACCGUGUCAAAAUUCUUGCAUUUGUUACAUCCGAAAACACGGUGAUAUCCUCUUUUGAUUUAUAUCGAGUUUGUGAGCAAUAUUGGGGUGCCUGCUUCGGUAGUACAAGGUUAAACCAUGCUAUAUCCGGGGCAUACGAGUCAUUUCAUGAUUGGAAAGUGCCACAAUCUGUAUUAGACAUGAUUAAAGGAGAGAAUGGAUCGUCCACGUCACAAAAUUGGAUGAGUGCAACUCAGAAUAUGCCCUGGACGUUGGGAAGCCGAGCUACACGACCCGUUAUUUUAUGGUUUGGAUGAAGAAACAAAAGCACUGCGCGGAGCGCAAAUCCAACCAUUGUUGAGCUUGUUUGGUAGAGUUUUGGUAGCAGCCGACCAUUGGACAUCCAACGUUUUUGGAUGGGAAAGGAAGACGCAUCCAUUGGUACUCUAUAUCCCUGGACCAGAUGAUCAGUUUAGUUAGAAGGAUUACAGUUCAUGUGGUCCUUUCGCAUGUAUGGUCAUCGAGCGUAUAAUUUCUGGUGCUCCUAGUAUUACUUGGGGCAACACAUGCGUGAAAAAAUAUAGGGAGAUUAUCGCUGUCAGUGCUUUGAGUAUGUGUGUGGUUGAUUAGAUUGUCUAGGCUUUCGAGAACUAAUUGGUUGACUAGGUACCUUGAUAUGUAUUUGAAUUUUUUGCAUUAAUGCGCAUAAUGACGCCGGUUUAAUGUGCA